AUGGUUAAAACAGGUCAGUUGCAUGCUGAAGACACACAUCUCAUUCAUGGGUAUCUUAUGGAGAAACGCUCCGCACCGUUCAGUGAGAACUGUCAAAUCAAUCACCGCAACCUGACCAUUGUUCGCCCUCCAGUUGUGGGUCCACCUCCAGUAGUGGGUCCACCUCCAGUAGUGGGUCCACCUCCAGUAGUGGGUCCACCUCCAGUUGUGGGUCCACCUCCAGUAGUGGGUCCACCUCCACCCAAGGCAGAUAGAAACCGAGAUGGUGAAGCACAACAUUCCUGGAGGCACGAGGAUGACACAGCAGCAGCUGGUGUGGGGUAUGAUCACCUCUCUCGUGAUCCAAUAUACUAUAAUACUCCGGGAAUACUCACGCCAGCACAUUACAUGCAUCCACCACACAAUUCUGUACGACCCAUGUCCAAGCGUCGCACACCCGUACAGUUCCCACUUCGAAGACGUUCUCGAGCAGUACAUGGUCGAGGCCAGCCUGAGACGCUGUCCUGUCCUACACACGGUGUACACCCAUAUCCCAAGGUACAGUAG